UGUCGUCAUCUUGUUGCGAGUGAUGCUGGUUCACGCCUAGGGUUUUUUUGGCGCCGUCUUCAUCCAAAACCCUGACCAGUAGGUCUCCUUCGAUGGCCCCAAAACGAGGUGGGAAGGCUCCUGUUCCGGCGAAGAAGAAACCGGAGAAGGUUGUGAAUCCGUUGUUUGAGAAGAGGCCGAAGCAGUUUGGGAUCGGUGGAGCACUGCCGCCAAAGAAGGACCUCCACAGGUUCGUGAAAUGGCCCAAGGUUGUGCGGAUCCAGAGGCAGAGGAGGAUCCUCAAGCAGCGUCUGAAGGUCCCUCCUGCUUUGAACCAGUUCACUAGGACCUUGGACAAGAACCUUGCCAGCAGUCUAUUCAAGAUGUUGUUGAAGUACAGGCCUGAGGACAACGCUGCAAAGAAGGAAAGGCUUCUGAAGAGGGCCCAGGCUGAAGCUGAAGGGAAGACCGUUGAGGUCAAGAAGCCAAUUGUUGUGAAGUAUGGGCUGAACCAUGUCACGUACCUCAUUGAACAGAACAAAGCACAGUUGGUGGUAAUUGCUCAUGAUGUGGACCCUAUUGAGCUGGUGGUCUGGCUCCCAGCUCUCUGCAGGAAGAUGGAAAUCCCCUACUGUAUUGUGAAGGGGAAAUCACGUUUGGGAGCGAUUGUCCAUAAGAAAACCGCCGCAGCUUUGUGUCUCACCACGGUGAAGAACGAGGAUAAGCUGGAGUUCAGCAAAAUUCUAGAGGCAAUCAAGGCUAAUUUCAAUGACAAGUUUGAUGAGAUCAGAAAGAAGUGGGGAGGGGGAAUUAUGGGCACCAAGUCUCAGGCCAAGACCAAGGUCAAGGAAAGGCUCCUAGCUAAAGAAGCUGCUCAGAGAAUGACCUAAGCUUUCAAACUCUAUAUACAAAAUCGCCUGCCUGCCUCCACUAGAACCUCUUCGAGUGAACUUUUUUUGCCUUUCUCCAAAGUUUUGGCUUGUCUUUCUAUUUGCUACCAGUUGUGUUCAAAAUCAUUGUUCUGAGGAUUGUACUGUUUGGUUAUUAUCACUCUCGUGCUUUUACCUUCUUUUUCAA